AUGGCAUCUUUUAAGAAAAUUUUCAUUACUUUAAUCGCCAUUAUUUCCUUUUUAUCAUACUUUACCGCUGCUGGAUUAGUUCCUAGAUCCGAAAAAUGUGGUUGUGCUUUGAAAAAAUUCUGUGAAAGUUUAGAGAAAGGAAAGAUUGAGUGUAUGUGCUCCGAGUUUGAAGCACUUUUAAGUGAUGAGAAAUGUUGUGAUCCGUUUCAAACAGAAAAAGUCAAAGAAAUCCUUGAAAUUCUCGAAACCUUACCUGUAUGCGAUAAAGAAGAGUCUGUUACUGAUUAUGAAGAUAUUGCUUCUCAACUUCAGGGAACAUGUGAUGAAUGUAAAGCUCAUGAGCAUUAA